AUGAUUGUGUGUGGGGGGGUAUCGUUCCUCCAGGUGGGGAACCUGUUUGGGAAGCACCGCUCGACCAUCAUCACCCUCUACAAUGGGGCCUUCGACUCGUCCUCCGCUGUCUUCCUUGUGGUCAAGCUGCUGUACGAGCAAGGCCUGACCCUGCGAGCCAUGUUCCUCUUCCUCUCAGCCUGCAGUGCCUGGCACCUGACCCGCACCUUCUUCCUGAUGCCUAGGUGGCACAUCCCCUACCCGCUGCCCCCAGGAUACACAUACGGGCUGAGGUGCCGGAGGCAGGGGUGCUCUUACCGUACCCAUGAGGAGCAGCGGCCAGGCCUGGGCGAUGGAGCCCACGAGCCCAGCGACCCGUGCUCGGAGCCAGGCCCGGGAGAUGCUGAUGCCAGCAAGGCCCCCAUGGGCAAAGUAAGCACCUACACCAAUGCCUUCGCCUUCACCCAGCUCUGCGGGGUCCUGUGCGCCCCCUGGAAUGGGCUCAUCUUAGACCGGCACAAGCGUGGGAGGAGCAAGGAUGGCAGUGCCAAAGGUGGCUCGGACUCCCUGGCGGACCUGCACUCCUGCGUCCUGUCACUGGCUGUGACGGUGCUGCAGUGUGUAGCCUUCUCGGUCUGUGCCUCCGUGCCAGUGCUGCCCGUGCAGUACGCCACCUUCAUCCUGCAGGUGCUGAGCCGCUCCUUCCUGUACGGGGGCAACGCCGCCUUCCUGGCCAUCGCGUUCCCGCUGGAACAUUUCGGGAAGCUAUAUGGGCUGGUGAUGGGCCUGUCGGCCUUGGUGUCACUCCUCCAGUACCCCUGCUUCGCCCUCAUCAAGGGACCGCUCAGCGAUGACCCCUUCUAUGUGAACAUUGGCCUCAUCAUCGUCAUCCUCCUGGCCUUCGUCAGUCCGCUGGUGGUGCUGCGGGAGUACCAGCGCCGGGAGAGGGAGCAGGAAAAGCAACAUGUUGACUCACCCCCCCUGACCCUGGCCAAGGCCGGUGUGGAGUCCUCCAUCUGACCCCCCCAGCAGGGAUCUUCAAGGGCUGCUCCCCCCCAAAAGGGAAUUAGGAGUGCAGGCUGAGCCCCAGCCAAUCCCCAGCUGUGUCCCUCCAGCCCAGCAUUGUCACCAUCAGCUCCAGCCAGGCACUCACUCCUCUUCAGCGGCAGGGUGGUGGGUCACGAUGGGUUAUUUUUACAGAUACUUGAUUUUCUAGGUUUUUGUAUAGCCCGGUCGGUAUAAAUCCAGCCUUUCCCUCUCCCUGCACCCAGGGUGCGCGGCAGGGUGUGUGUGUGUGUGUAUUAUAGUUCCCCUUAUCGGCAGGGUGUAUUUCAGUCCCCCUAUUUCCUUCUCUUUUACUACAGAGAUUUUAUUUCUGUGCUUUUUUGUAAAAGCGAGGGAACGGGACGUCCCCGGCGCCUUCCUCCCUGAAAUCACAUAAACGCUAAU